GAUCUUGGGAUGGAGCUCAACGCCUUUACCUUUCUUCAAAGUGCCGUAUUCAUUGCCAUUGGGUAUCAUGCCAAUCUCCAUUCAACUGUUGUUGGAUCCGAAGUAGAAACUUCCGACAGUGACUCCAGUCACGACAUUGAUGUCUCUUAUUGCGGCAUGAAUUGUACGGUAGAAAAUGGAGUCUCGAGCGGGUGCAACGAAGAUUGUGUAUGUGUACAUCACGGCAAUGAACCCAAUGGUAUCUGCAUAACCAUCACGAAUUUAGGAGAUUUAGGAAAUCCUCUCGAAGAUCCGAGCAUCGAUAAUGCAACGCCUCUGACACAAAUUUUUGCAGAGGAAGCAUAAACACGAAAGUAACCAAGAACUCGAAAAAAUAUACUGAAUGUGUUCAGUAGCAUCGGUGAUGGAUGUAUAAUCAUUCCAAUUU